AUGCAGAUUCAACCACAUCCCUCAGGGGCACUUCUGCUGCUGCUUCUGUCAAACUUGCUCAUGUGGGAGAAUGUGGCCAGUGUACCGAGAUGUAUCAUGGAAAAUGGAGGUUGCCAGAAGGUCCUCAACUACUUUUUUAACAUGACAAGCACCAUAUCUGAGAGCUUCAACACCCUCUCUUCAGAAACAUUAAAUGACUUUUAUACAGAGUAUGACCCACACCAGACAUUCCAGAACAGGCCUGCCAUGACCUGUCACACUUCAUCCCGCUCUAUUCCUAACAACAAAAGGAAAGCUGAAAGAAUGGAGCCUGCAGUACUUCUGAGUGAUAAUCAGAAUGUUGGCUGCCUGGAAAAAUCUUCCAUACCUGUAGAAAACAACAUGGCUAAUCUUGAUGGAACUCCUUAUGCUAUCAUAUCAAAAGUUAAAUUGAUUGAUAGACAAAUCAAAAAGCUCACGAAAAAUCUGCAGGACAUUAAGACUAUACUCAGCCAGGUUCAUCCUGAACUUAAGGAGAAGGAGAACUACCCUGCCUGGUCAGGAGAGCCAUAUGUACAGAAAUCAAAAAGAAGAACUCAACUAUUUGGUUUGCAUAGUUUAUUCUUCUGCUUGGACAGUGAUGCAGAGAAGGUUUCUGAUUAUGUCAAUAUCCUGAGAAACAAAAUUGUGCCUAAUGAAUAAAAAGCUCUCAUCCUUCUUAUCUAUUUUUGGGGCAGUCCAUACGGAUCCAAUCCUUAAAGAUUCUUUACGUUUUAUUGUACUUAAAUGUGUGAAUAAAUGUAAAGGAUAA